AAGAGCGUAUAAAGAAGGCUUUGACAUGAAUUGGACUAAUACGAUUCGCGCACCGACGAAAUAAGAGCCGGAAUCAUGAGGAAAUAUCAGAUUUACGUGAUUUGUUUUGUUGUUUUGGCUUUUGCCGCUGCCACAGCUACAAGAGUUUGCAGCAACAGAAAUAUCUUGUGCUCUGUGGUUAGAUCAACUAGUUGUUCAAAGAAAAUCGUUUCCAGUCAUUGCCCAAGGCUUUGCAACACAUGUGGAGCAAAAUGUCGAAACAUAAAGGCGUCAAUGCGCGUUGAUUGUGGCUACCAUGGAAUUAGUCCGUUGGAUUGCUUGAGAAAGGGAUGUUGUUAUGGCGAAUUAAAGGUGGCUGGCCCGUGGUGUUAUCAUCGAAAAGCAAACUGUCCCAUGAUUGAAGCAAACAAACGUGAAGAUUGUGGUUACCCUGGGAUAAGCAAAUCAGAUUGCGUCAAAAAAGGAUGCUGUUACAACGCGAUCAAGGAAAAGGGACCGUGGUGUUAUUACAGGCAAGAAAAAUGCCGGAAAAUAGCAGCAACAAGACGUCAUGAUUGUGGUUAUCCAGGCAUAACGAAGCGGGCAUGCGAGAAGAAAGGCUGUUGUUAUAGUGAAUUGCUAAACCAAAGUGGACCGUGGUGCUACCACCGCCUAGAAAAAUGUCUGCGCAAAGCAACAGAACGUGACGACUGCGGCUAUCCUGGUAUAACAGAAUUCGAAUGCAUGAAAAGAGGUUGCUGCUAUAAUUCAUUGCCCGGUCGUGGGCCAUGGUGUUAUUACCGAUGAGGUAAAAGUCGCGAACACUUUUGUAAGCAAGUCAUUUUGGGCCACGAGUUUAAUAUGUACUUCCUUUCGUUUAGAUACGAGGACCUUUGGAAGAUUAUAUGCGAACUUUAGUGUACUCAUUGUUGUAAAAAUAUGUUGUCAAAUAAAUACCUCUAAUA